AUGUCUUCUCCAAAGACUCGCUUUGGCGCUUUUGCGCUGGCCAUUGCUGCUCUGCCACUCCAGUCACUGGCUUCGCAAGCCGACACUUACGACUACAUAAUUGUCGGUGCAGGUACAAGUGGGCUUCUCUUGGCCAAUCGUCUGACCGAAGACGGCAGCCUCAAUGUUGCAAUCAUCGAUCCUGGUGCCGAUGAGCGGAAUAACCCAAAUGUUGCCAAUCCCCUCACAUGGCUGGGAUUGAGCGGGACUUCUGUUGACUGGACUUACUCGAGUGCGCCUCAGAAAUACGUCGGUGGAAGGGUUCUCACGUAUGAUGCAGGCAAGGGAAUAGGUGGUACUAGCCUGAUUAAUGGGAUGACGUAUAUUCGAGGAGACCGCGCCGAGUUCGAUGCCUGGGAGGAGCUCAAUCCAGCCUCUGGCUGGAACUGGGAUACCAUGCUACAGUACUACAAAAAGGUUGAGCGAUUCUUCCCUCCCUUGGAAUGGCAGGAAGAUGUCGGCGCACUAUAUGAAGACGAAUAUCAUGGUUUCUCAGGAGAGCUUAAUGUCGGCUUCAACCCGGUCCUGCUCAACGGAUCGUUCUACGAUGACGCAAAAGAAACUUGGGGAAAUCUCGGCCAACCCCUCAUCAAAGAUGUCAAUAGCGGAUACCAGGCUGGAUUCGACGUUUGGCCGCAGACGCUGGACCCAGUCACGAAUACACGAUGCGACUCUGCCACUGCGUUUUAUUGGCCUGUACAGGAUAGACCAAACCUAACGCUACUCAAUGGCACAGUUUCCAGGAUCCUAUGGAAGCCUAACAAGGUCAAGACACUUGACGCAUCUGGAGUCGAGUAUAUUACCCCGGAUGGACAGCAUAAGACUGUGAGCGCAGUGAAAGAGGUGAUUUUGUCUGCAGGGGCACUGCGUACGCCUCUCAUCCUUGAGCUGUCCGGCGUCGGUAACCCAAGUCGUUUAAAUAAUUUGGGCAUCAAAGCGGUUGUCGACUUACCGGGCGUGGGAGAAAACAUGAUUGAUCAGCCUAACAACGCCCUAUCCUACUCGGCCAACUCCUCGUUUCCAGGCUACGCACCAUAUGCCACGUUUGUUAAUGCUACAUCUCUUUUCGGUGAUAGUUUUACACUUAUAUCUGCAGCGACAAAGCAGCUCCUACCGAGCUGGGCACAACAGAUUGCUAAUGAAACAGGCGGAGCCUUAAAAGCCAAAGCAAUCGAGAAGCUGCUUCAGGUUCAAUACGAUUUGAUCUUUAAAAAGGGUGUGACCAUUGCAGAGAUACUAUCUACCGCAAGUGGCACUGCGACUUUCUCAGCAUACUGGACUACUUUACCCUUCAGCCGUGGGAGCGUACACCUCAGCUCGGCCGACGACAUUAACACACCGGUGAUCGACCCGAGAUUCAUGUCCAUAGGCUAUGACAUGAUUGUUCAAAUCGCCAUCGGACGCCUGUCGGCAAAGUUCUGGAACAGCCCGCCCCUGUCUGCCACGGUUCAAUCUGAAGCACAGCAAGGAACUCCCUCGCCUGACGACACAUGGGAUCAAUGGGAGAACUUUACGGUAAGCCACAUGGUGUCAAACUCGCACCCACUUGGGACCACAGCGAUGCUGCCGCGGAAACUUGGCGGAGUUGUAGAUCCCCAACUCCGCGUAUAUGGCACAACAAAUGUCCGAGUGGUGGAUGCUUCUGUGAUACCGAUGCAGAUCAGCGGACAUCUUACGGCCACGCUGUAUGCAAUUGCGGAGAGGGCGUCGGAUUUUAUCCUCAAUACUGUGUGA